AGAGAGAGAGAGAGAGAGAGAGAGAGAGAGAGAGAGAGAGAGAGAGAGAGAAUCACGAAAUUGUCGGCAGUAGAGGUGGAAAGGAGAAAGAGAUGGGGAUUAGAUUCGUACUGAUGGUGAACAAGCAAGGGCAGACUCGGCUAGCCCAGUACUACGAAUACCUCACUCUCGAACAAAGACGUGCCCUUGAAGGUGAAAUUGUUCGCAAGUGCCUCACUCGUACCGAACACCAGUGUUCAUUUGUGGAGCAUCGUAACUACAAAGUAGUGUACAGGAGAUACGCGUCACUGUUUUUCCUGGUUGGAGUUGACAAUGAAGAAAAUGAGCUUGCCAUUUUGGAAUUUAUUCACCUUCUAGUUGAGACAAUGGAUCGUCAUUUUGGCAAUGUGUGUGAGUUGGAUAUCAUGUUUCAUCUCGAGAAAGCGCAUUUCAUGCUGGAGGAGAUGGUAAUGAAUGGGUGUGUUGUCGAGACUAGCAAGUCCAACAUUCUGGCUCCAAUACAGCUUAUGGAAAAAGCAUCAUAAAUAGCGGGGCGAAGCACAAUGAGCAUUGCCAUCCCUCUGCAUGUAUUACUUUUAUUUUGUUUAGUGCCCUUUUUAAUACUUGUGUGUUUUGUACUAAUGACUUAUCAGGCAAUCCAAUUAUGUUCAAAUGCAAAUUGUUUUAUUUACCA